AUGCCUCCCAAUAUUGAUCUAAACACUCCAUAUGUUGAUCAUGAAAUGAUGGAAUGCAACAUAGGACCUUCCAUUAAUCUAAAUGAUCCUUCUUCAAGUAAUCUUAACUUGUCUUUUAUGGACCUAAAUGGUGGUUCAUCAAAUGAAGUUCAUGCCAUGGAAGAAGGUGAAAUUGAAUUUAAUCCAACUGAAGAUGAUGAAGAGGAGACUGACUUUAAUCCAUAUGAAGAUGAUGAAGAGGCUGAAAUUGAUGCAGCUACAACAACUAUGGUCCAACAUGGGACACAAACGUUUAAGAAAAAAAAAACAUUCUUGAACAAUGAACAACGGAAAUUAAUUUCCCAGUUAUUGAUAAAGAAUAGUUAUGGUGGAAAACUGGAAUCCGGAAAUGUUACAUGGUUAGCAUCCAAAUAUUCAGUAUCCAUCUAUGUUAUUUAUCGAAUUUGGAAGCAAGUAUGUCAAACCGGUGAUGCGUCUCAUAAAAAAACAAAAAAUUAUGGUCAGAAAAGAGUUAAGGUAGAUAUUGAAAAAGUGCGUGAUAUUUCGUUAGCUAAAUGUAGCACUCUUCAUAUCCUAGCAUUUGCCUUGGGCAUUAGCAAAACCGCACUGUUGAAGUUUGUAAAAGAUGGGACUUUGCGUCGGCAUUCAAAUGGACUAAAGCCACACAUGAAAGAUAGUAAUAUGAAAGACCGUCUUAGAUUUUGUUUGUCCAUGCUUGAAGAAACUAGUCUUCUUCAUGAUCCAGAGUUUAAGUCUAUGCAUAAUAUCGUCCACAUAGACGAAAAGUGGUUCUACAUGACCAAAAAAUCAGCAAACUAUUAUCUUCUUGAAAAUGAGGAUGAGCCAUAUCGCACAUGCAAAAAUAAAAAUUGUAUUGGCAAAGUCAUGUUUUUAGUAGCAGUUGCUAGGCCUAGAUUUGAUGACAAUGAUAAAGAGAUAUUUUCAGGAAAAAUUGGUGUGUUUCCUUUAGUUCAAAAAGUAGCAGCAAAAAGGUCAAGUGUCAAUAUAGCUUCGGGUACACUUGAAACAAAGCCGAUUACUUAUAUCACUAAAGAAGUUAGUCGAAAUUUUCUAAUCAAUAAAGUGUUACCUGCGAUUAAAGAAAAAUGGCCCAGGGAACAUGCAAUGGAAACAAUUUAUAUACAACAAGACAAUGCUCCGUGUCAUGUUUCUAUUGACGAUGAAGAAUUUUGUAAAGCAACUUUUGAAGGUGGAUUUGAUAUUCGUUUAUCUUGUCAACCACCAAAUUCUCCUGAUUUAAACGUUUUAGAUCUGGGGUUUUUUAAUGCCAUUCGGUCGUUACAGCAUAAGGAAGUUUCAAACUCAGUUGAUGAGCUCAUUGAAGUUGUGCAAAAGUCAUAUGAUAAUUUUUCUAGCAAACAAUCCGACAAAAGUUUUCUCACACUCCAAUCUUGUAUGAUUGAAAUCAUGAAAGUUAAAGGACCUAAUAAUUACCAAAUUCCCCAUAUGAAGAAAGAUACGAUGCUUGCUCGAGACAUACUACCCACUCGACUAAAAUGCGAUCGGGAGUUAGUUGAAAACACUUUUGAAUUUUUAAACAAUGUUAAUUAA